UUCAGAACAUCUUUUCGCCAAUCGAAAUCAAAGUACAAAUCAAACCCUAAUUCUAUAUUUCUAUUCCCCAAACAGAUCUCUCCAAUUUCUCUUCACGAUCGAUCUAAGAUCUAUAUGCCCCUUUCUUCAACAUCUUCAAUUUCAUCAUCCUUUUCUUCCUCUAACCUCUCUCCUUGUCUGCGUACGUUUUCGGCAAUCGGUUCUUUGUCGCAGUUCGUACCCUAAAUUCAAAGAUCUAUUCAUAUCUAUUGUGAUUCAGGAAUUUUCUAUUUCUGAAGACUAAAAGCAAGGUUGCAAAGCCUAGUUUAUAAUGGCAUCAUUGGAUAUGUCUCUUGAUGAUAUGAUUAAAAGCAGGCGCAAUACUGAGAGAGGUAGAGGGCGAGGUGGGGCCCGCCGGGGGCGUGGACAAGGAAGACCCACAGCCACAGGGCCACCUCGCAAAGGCCCCCUCAGGGUGAACUCUGCUCCGCCAUCAGCUCACACCAUUGCCAAGUCUUUUCGCAGACCCAAGCCUUUGCCAUGGCAGCGUGACUUGUUGGAAGACAGCCUCAAAGCAGCAGGUCUACCUGGAUUGGAUAAUGCUGCAAAAUUAUAUGUCUCCAAUUUAGACAUUGGAGUCACCAAUGAAGAUAUAAGGGAACUGUUUUCUGAGAUUGGAGAGCUGAAUAGAUAUGCUAUUCAUUAUGACAAAAGUGGUCGUCCAAAUGGAACAGCUGAAGUGAUAUUUGCAAGAAGAAAUGAUGCAUUUCAAGCGUUUAAACGUUACAACAAUGUACAGCUGGAUGGGAAGCCAAUGAAGAUUGAGAUUGUUGGGUCAAAGUCGGAUGCUCCUCUUUCGCCACGUGUCAAUCUGGUUGGAGGAGUGAAUGGACAGCGGACAGUUGUCAUGAUGCCUGGAGUGGCUCGUGGAAGAGGAGGCGGUGCAUUUAAUCGUACAUCUGGUCGGAGAACCCGUGGUGGCAUAAAGAGUAGCCGUGGUGGUGGUGUUGUAAACAAGCGUGGCGGUGGCGGUGGUCGUGGUAGGGGCGGUGGUGGUCGUGCGCGGGGGAGAGGGAGGAAGGCGGCGGGGGGUGACAAGUCGGUUGAUGAACUUGAUAAGGAACUGGAGAAGUAUCAUGCCAUGCAGACCUAAUAAUAAGGCUUUCGGAAACACAAGUACUGAAAAAUACAAGUAGAUUUAAUAUUUGAUUAGUUGUGUACAAAAAGCGUAAUUGGUUUUUGAAAGAGUGGAGAUUGUGUUUUAUGCUUUUGUAAGUUGUGGGUGUUUUGUUGCUUCAUGUGACACCUUAAAAUGUGGGUAUUAUUAUUAUUAUUAGGUCUUAGAAUAUGUUGUUUUACCUUUA